AUGGCAGCCGUCCAGAACAGCCUGCUGUCCCGCACGAGAUCAGCGCGUGUGCCCGCCCCAAAGUCGACCAAGAACUUGACCUCGACCACCACCGACGCUGCAGCCUCGUCCAAACACCACACGACCGUCGCAUCUUCGCCCACUAACGUCUCGCUGUUUCUCACGAACCUACGCCUCCUUGACUUGGAUCUCCGCCCCGACUGGCCUGGCCUCAACCUCCUAACUCUGACCAACAAAGAUGCCGCCCAGGGCCAGAAGAAGAGGGUCCAAUGCGUCGAGUGGGCGCUUUACCAGCUCUUUGUCCUUUGGGACCCAGAGGAGGCGCGAAAUAAGCUCCAGCCCUUCUUCCCGCCGCUCGAGCAAACCCAGUCCGUCAACCUGCGAGCCGCCCUCCUACGAUGCCUCGAGCAGGCCAAGAAGAAUGGCGUAUUGGGUAGAGACACGGUGCUGCGGAAGACUAUGCUGGACGAAUGCAAGGGCGAGAGACUCGAGGAGGUGCUAGCUGUCUUCUCGUCGGCUGUGUUGAAGAAAGUCGCCACGGAGGAGCAGCUGAACAGCAAAGCCUACCCAGUCGUUGCCCAGACCCUGGCUCUGGAGAAUCGCGGUUAUACUGGGGAGAGGACUGAUCUGAGCAGCCUCAUCAUUGCGUACAAGGUGUCUCUAAAGAAUAGACUGGAUCGGAAGACGGCUUCUCGAGCGCAGUACAACCACUUUGCCCAGCUUCUUGACUCCAAGGAGCAAGGCAUCACCAGCAGACAGGACCGGGCCAACGCAAACGUACACCAGAGCAAGAUACCAAAACUCUCCGCAGCCUCCAAAGAGGAAAUUCGACGCGCGGUUAGGACCAACUGGUCCGGCAAUGACCGAUGGGUGGAGGCUCUGCUAUAUGGAGACACGAAAUCACAGAAAGACGGCGUGCUGACAGCGCCUUUCGACCGCGUCUGGCGUCGCGUGCGGUCAGACCGUCUCGACGAGCUCGAGGACCCCAGCGGCGGGCUGCUCGAGCAGCUCGACAAUCGCGUGCGCGCCCAGCAGGCACGGCUUGACAAGUGGCAGAGCUUUAGGAAGGAGAUGUUCAGCGACGUCGUGGACCAGCCCAAGGAGAACGCGAAGGGUCGCGUUGGCCCGCAGAGAGGCAUUGAUCUUGGUUUUGGGGCCCAUGAAGGACUGCAUCUGGGGCGCAUGAGCCCCAGGAAGCUCACAUCCACGAAGAAGCCACAGCUUACUCCAGAGUACAAGACAUUGUCGCCCGAGGAGAUCCCCCCUUCGCCAACGCAGCAGCAAGCAGACCAGAUCCUCGCAUCCAUGAACGCAGCUUCCCCGUCGCCAGUCAAGCAGGAGCGGCCGCGGCACACCCUCUCCCUCGCAGAGCGGACCCGCCUCUCCAUGGCCCGCGGCUCAAGCGUCGACCUCGACGACGACGACGAGGUAGCGCUGGGCUCGCCCUCGCGGCCCCGCCGGCGAAACACCCCGUCACGAUCACCCACCAAGGGGAGCACCCCCGCGACGCCGACCGCGAUCCCCGAGGACCCGGCGGCAAAUAAUGAAGGCGCCAACACGCCCAAGGCCGAGAAGGAGGAGGACGACAUAGUCGCGCGCACGCGCAAGUCGAUGGCCAACUUCGAGGCGACGCAGCAGCGCGUGCGGCUGGAGAAGGAGAGGGCGGCGCGGCGCGAGGCGCGCAAGAAGAGCAUGUCCAACAAGAGCGGCGAGAUCGCGCGGCAGCCGUACUUCCCGCCGGACACGGUGGACGAGGAAGGGGACGGCGCGGGCGGCGGGGAGGGGGACUCGACGGCGAUGCUGGAGGAGCUGAUCGCCAGGGAGGCGCAGAUGGGCGCGGCCGGGGUGGACUAUGAUUCUGUCUUCCGGAGCAGGCCGCGGAUCAAGGCUAGUCCGCCUAGCACGCCGGCCGGGGACCGGGGUGGGUUUGAGUGA